AUGAAAAAGGUUAUUGAACUCAAUACUAGUGAAAUAAAUAAAAGAUUUUCUGAACGUUCAUGGAGCAAAUUAAAGAAAGGUCCAGAAUCAAAGGAAGAAAUUUCUAAACCUGAGAGCUCCUUCGAGGUCGAGGAUAGUAUCCGCGUCGUUAUUGGAUUCGACUUUGGUACGACCUUCUCUGGAUUCGCGUAUUGUCAUGUUACAGAAGAGACAAAUCUAUGUUCAAACGAUUUAUGGCAUGGAGAAGUGGGCCAAUUAAAAACCAACACAGUUCUUCAAUAUGAUGACGAAUACAAACAAGUAAAAUUAUGGGGUGCUCCAGCUUUAGCCAAAAAGCCAAAUCGUCGAGAUACAAAUAGGAAAGAAAAUAAACCCGUCGAAUUGUUUAAGUUGCAUCUAGGAGAUAUAUUAGAUAAUUUUAAACCGAACCUUCCGAUUGAUUACAAGAAAGCGAUUACCGAUUAUUUAAGAGAAAUUGGAAAGGUAAUUAAAGACACGGUUACUGCACGAUGGCCAAAAAUCGAUUACUUUAAACACGUUCUUUUGGUUCUUACCGUACCUGCAGAAUUUUCCGAAAAGUCAAAAGCAAUUAUGAGAAUUUGCGCGUAUAAUGCAGGAUUGAUCAAAGAUGAAUGUUCGACGAACCUGCAAUUCACUACGGAACCUGAAGCUGCGGCUGUAUAUUGUAUGGAAAAUAGUCUUAGAGAACAUGCUCUUGCACAACCAGGAAUUAAUUUCAUGAUAGUUGACUGUGGCGGUGGCACAGUUGAUUUGACGACGCGUAAAUUAAUAAAUGAUAAACAAUUGGGAGAGGUAACUGAAAGAGCCGGUGAUUUUUGCGGAAGCACUUUCGUUGAUGAUGAAUUUAUUAAAUAUUUACGUAAAAAGCUCGGAGACAAGUCUAUGGAUUCACUUAAAGAGAAACAUUAUGGACAAAUGCAAUAUCUGAUUCAACACUUUUGUAAAUCUGGAAAAAUUCCUUUUACGGGAGAUGAUCCAAAUUUCCUUUACGAGUUGGAUAUUCAGGAUACUGUGCCUGAAUUAAAACAAUAUAUUACUGAUGAGAAGAUCAGAAAAGCUUUAGACAAUGACGACUGGAUAGUUGAAAUUGAUUUAGAAACCAUGAAAUUGAUAUUCGAGCCUGUCGUCCAAAAAAUUCUUCGUAUGAUAAAAUCUCAACUUGAUAACGCACAAGAAACUUGCUCUGCAAUGUUCUUAGUUGGGGGCUUUAGUGAAUCCAAAUAUCUACAAAAAAGAAUUAAAGAAGAAUUUCUUAAUCGAGUAAAGGAUAUUUCAGUUCCUAUUCAACCUAUGGCAGCAAUCGCACGUGGAGCAGCAAUUUAUGGAUUAUCUAUAAGAUCAAAUAACCUGAAUAAUUUAGGGAAUGAUGAUAAUUUGAAAUGUAUAAUUUCUUCAAGGAUCCUUAAAUAUACUUAUGGAAUAAAAGUAAGAUCUGUAUGGAAAAACGGCGAUCCCAUAAGCAGAAAGACCCAUGAUGGAUAUAUUGAAAAGUACGAUUGCUUGGCUAAACGUGGUACUAAAAUGGAAGUCAAUAAUGAAGUUACGAGGACUUAUCAUCCAUGUUAUGCUAAUCAAACAAAAAUACUUUAUAGCGUAUAUUAUACUCGAGAGUAUGAUGGAGUAUAUUGUGAUGAUCCUGGUAUGAAACUUAUAGGCGAACUUCAAAUUGAUCUUCCUGGUUCAGGUCAUGAUAGACCUGUAUUAUUUGGGUUAACUUUUGGACAAAUGGAAAUUACCGCUACUUCAAAGAACAAAUUGACUGGACAAAGUUAUAGAACCACUUUUAAGUUUAGUUUGGAUGAUUAG